AUGGCGAGAGAAAUAGCAGAAACGCAAGCCGCAGCUGAUCAUGCCGCCCCACCGACGGAAAGGCAUGCUGAUGAAGCCAUCAUCACUGAUCUCAAUCAUCGACCAGGCGAGCAACCUUUGGUUACAGUGAACGCAAAGGAAACCCACUCACCGGAAAAGGACGCUACAGCGAAGGCGGAUGCGUCCGUUGUAGAUGCACCGACCGACACGACCCUUCUUACAACUACGUCGGCUGCAGAUGCUUCGGUCAACGGAACAGAAUCGUCCUCAGGAGUCCUACCGUCCCACCCGCUUCAACCAUCAGAAGACACGGACAAUCACGUUGUGAAUCAUAUCGACCAGACUCCGGAUGAUCAGUCCGCCGGAGAGCCUCACUUAGCAGAUCCAUUGUCGAAUCUCGCAACUUCAAAGGAAGAUGACGAGAGCUUUGUCCCACCGGACAUGGAACAUAUCGUCAGUACGGGUGUAACACAAGACUCUGCAGCAUCGAUGCAAGCAUUGCGAGAGCUGGUUGCCCAAGCCCGCGCUUCUUCGGGCCAGCCACGCGAGUCGCUUCCACCUGGAUUCAGCGACGACGACAUGGAAGCCUCCGCAGCGCCGCCCACGACCGAGCAGCGCGGGGAGAAACGGAAAGCAGAAGCAGAGCUCGAAGACCUCCUUCAGACCAGCUCCGGUAUCGAAGAGGCCAAGGCUGCUGCUGAACAGAGUCAGCAUCCAGAGACGAAGACCCUGUUGCAAAAAGCGCUCUCUUCGCUCUCUGGUCUAGUAUCACGCAGACCGAAGGCGGACGCUUCUCAAACAACGUCGGCGCCAUCGAUGGCAGCUAAGCACGGCAAAGUCGCGGACGAAGGAAGCGACUCCGACAGCGAUUCCAGCUCGGAUGACGAGUCUUCCGGUAGUGAUUCAUCCGAGGACGAAGACGAGGAUGCAGAGGACGACGCUGGCAAUGCUGGCCAAGCCUUGGCGGCCGAUGACGAUGACGAAGAAGGUGGAGGCCCUGGCGGAAGCUCGGCGCCAGCGACUAAGAACGAGAUCCUGGCCCCAGAGGUCGAGCAGCCUGCUGUUCGAAUGCUGUCGGGCACGGACAAAGCGACCCUGCGAAAGCUCGGCAAAGUGCAUUCCAUCGUCGACAGCGUCGUCGUAGUCGAGCAAGAUGUGCAGCAGAAUUCGAAGUCGGACCCAGCGAACAGCCAUCCCGCUCCGGUGGACAGCACCGGUCGACAAGGUGAGCGCGAGGGCGAAUACAGCGUCCUCGACACAGGCAGUCUGCUCUGCUUCGACGACGGCCAGGUGCUCGGCCUCGUCUUUGAAACGUUCGGCUCGAUCCACAACCCCAUGUAUUCGAUUCGCUUCCCCUCGGCCGCCGCGAUCGACCGCGAUGCCGUUCAGACUGGACGCUCGGUCUUCUACCUUCCCGGGCAAAGCACUUAUGUCCUCACCCAGCUCCUGCGCUCCAUGAAGGGCAGUGACGCAAGCAACAUGUGGGACGAAGAGGUCGCUGACGACGAGAUCGACUAUUCGGACGACGAGCAGGAGGCCGAAGCCAAGCGUCGUGUCAAGGCCAUCCGUGCGGGCAAGGUGGAUGAACAAGGUAACCCGCUUCCCUCCAACUCGAAUAGAAGCAACAAGCGCCAAAAGCAGCACGCCGCCGCUGCCGGCAACCAUACUUCUGGACCUCACCACGGCCCGGCAGGACCGAGCUUCCAUCAAGCCCCACCCCAGAGCGCAGCGGGUGCGCGCAGCUCGAUGAUGAGCGCUUACAAUGGCCCGAACGCGGCUCCAAGGCGCAAUGCUGGUCAAGCCCAGCCGGCCAGCUCCCUCCCGCCCGCCAGUGCUGCUUCUCUCGGACCGGCCUUCCCUCAUGGAAUCGCUUCGCUUCCGCCGAAGCCAUCGGCAGGAUUGCCCUCCAGGCCUAGCUUCAUCGCAGAGCCACCUUCCUCUUCUGCUCCCCGGCCGUCUGCUCCUGGACUAGAUCCGACGGGCGAGCUCUCGUCCAUGCCUCGGUCCAGGGUUGGCACGGCUGAAGGCCAACCGAGCGGCCAGAGCCACAGCAGGAUGUCUAGCGGAGCUUCCGUCAAUCUACCUGCCAAGCCGAUAGACGCUGCUGCCGCAGCCGCGGCCGUAGCCGCUUCUUCCAAAACGGGCUCGCCGAUGCCGCCGCAUCGAGCUCCGGCUUCAGCAGGCGGGAUGGGCUCGCCGUCGCAACCCAGCCGACUCGCAUCGAAUCCUGCUUCCUAUCCCAGCCAGGCUUCUCCCACCUGGUACUCUGGAUCCGGCUCAGCAACACCCAACACUCCGGCCUCGCCUGCCAUGCCGUCUCCGCAUGUAGCUGGUCGGAGCGCCGCAUACAGUCCCGGCGGUUCAGGCGUGUCGCAGCCGGCCUCAACUGGUCAUUACAAUCCCGCCUAUGCGGCUCGUUGGCAGCACGGCUACGCUCCCACCGCUCCUUCAGCGGCGCCGCCUCACGCACCUGGUGCCAUGCCGUGGAACGGCUCCCAGGCGUAUCCUGCACCGCCGUUGCAUUUUGGCCAAGGCGGCGUGCAUCCGCAAGCCUAUCCCGGCUACGGCGGUGCCUAUGGACAGUACGGUGCAGGCCCAGCAGGCGCGUGGAACGGCACCAGCUAUCCAGCCAUGCAAUACAAUGGCUACGCAGCCGGUCCUGGCAGCAGCGCCGCGAUGCAGAACAGCAUGCACGGCUAUCAUGCAUCCACCGCGCAACCGCAUGCUUACCCCGGUCCGGCUGGAGGCGGUGAUGCGUACAGCACGUAUGGCUAUAGUGCGCCUUCCCAGCAUGCUCCCGGUGCGGCUGGCGCGGAUAGAUACGACCCGAGGAGCCCCGCGAUGGCAAGCAACGGCAACCCGAGCUCGACUCAGCCUGGCCUUGGCCCGCAAGGACAGUAA